AACAGGACGUGCCCCCCCGCCCCCCCCAUAAGACCCAAUAAUGCCCAAACGCUCCGAGGAGAUGCCGAGAGAACUAUGGACCUCUCUCGUGUUCCUGUGGAUUACGUGCGUACCUCAUUCGUCCACGCUGCCCUUGGCCAGCAACCAGUCGAGAAGUUUACAACUGGGACGACCCGCCGCAGCAGCAGCAGCAGUCCUCCCGAGGAGCGAGCCGCCGCACGGAGGAGGAGGACAAAGACUUCUGAGCCGUGCCAAGAGAGGAUGGGUUUGGAACCAAAUGUUUGUGCUGGAGGAGUUCCUUGGGCCCGAUCCAAUUCUGGUUGGCAGGCUCCACACAGAUACUGAAGUGGGCGGCAAAAAUGUCAAGUACGUUUUGUCCGGCGAGGGCGCGGGGACCAUCUUUUCUAUCAACGACCGAACGGGGGAUAUUCACGCCAUGAAGAAGCUGGACCGCGAGGAGAAGGCAGAGUACACGCUCACGGCGCUGGUCAUCAACAGAGACACCGACGAGCCGCUGGAGCCACCCUCCGAGUUCAUCAUCAAGGUGCAGGACAUCAACGACAACCCGCCGCAGUUUCUCGACGGACCGUACCAGGCCUCCGUCCCAGAGAUGUCCACAGUGGGCACCUCGGUCACCAAGGUAACAGCAACAGAUGCGGAUGACCCGGUGUACGGCAACAGUGCCAGGCUCGUCUACAGCAUCCUGCAGGGGCAGCCUUAUUUUUCCAUCGACCCAAACACCGCAACCAUUGGUAUCGCGCUGCCAGGAAUGGACCGGGAGAUUCGCGACGAGUACAUGGUUGUCAUUCAGGCCAAAGAUAUGGGUGGUCACAUGGGGGGACUGUCAGGAACGACGACCGUCACCGUCAGACUGACAGACGUCAACGACAACCCGCCCAAGUUUGCCAAGAAUUUCUAUGAUUUCAUCUUCUCCGAGAGCCUGGGUUUGGGAAAAGCAGGGGGGAGAGUCAAGGCAACCGACAAAGACAUCGGUGAGAACGCCAAAUCCAUCUACACCAUCGUCGCUGGCAACGAGAAGGGCGUCUUCGAGAUAACCACGGACAGCCAGACCCAGGAGGGUGUCAUCGUGUUAAAGAAGCCCCUGGACUUUGAGACCCAAAAGCACUAUAAUCUGACGGUGGAAGCGACCAAUGUGCGUUACGGACCUACCGGACCUUUCAAGGACACCACCACCGUCCGGAUCGCUGUGGAGGACGCAGACGAGGCGCCCAUCUUUACGCGGCCCGUGUAUAUGAUGGACGUGAAGGAGAACGCCCCCAUCAACACCGUAAUUGGAUCAGUGACUGCCCGCGACCCCGAUUCAGCCAGCAGUUCCAUCAGGUAUUUUAUUGAUCGGCAUACUGACCUCGAGAGGCAGUUCAAUAUCAACGCGGACGACGGGAAGAUUACUCUUGCCAAACCGCUGGACCGAGAGGCGGACAUGUGGCACAAUAUCACCAUCACGGCCACAGAGAUCCCCGCUCUCUCUUUCUUAGGCAACCAGAGCCAGAUCUCACGGAGCAGGGUGGCUAUUCGAGUCCUGGACAUCAACGACAAUGCCCCCGAGUUUGCCACCGAGUACGAGGCUUUCCUGUGCGAGAACGGGAGGCCUGGACAGGUGAUCCAGACGGUCAGCGCCGUGGACAAGGACGACCCAAUCCAGGGACACUACUUUGAGUACCGCCUGGCCCCGGAGAUGCUGAACAACCCCAAUUUCACCAUAAAAAACAAUGGAGAUAACUCAAUAAGCGUCCUGGCCAAGCACGACACGUUCCGGCGACAGAAACAGGAAAUGUAUUUCCUGCCCAUCGUCGUGACUGACAACGGCAAUCCACCAAUGAGCAGCACCAACACUCUGACCAUUCGCGUGUGUGGGUGCAGCAGGGAUGGCAUCGUGCAGUCGUGCAACGUUGAAGCCUAUGUGCUUCCCAUCGGACUCAGCAUGGGCGCGCUGAUUGCAAUUCUGGCCUGUAUCAUUCUGCUCUUAGUCAUUGUUGUGCUAUUUGUCACACUACGGAGACACAAAAAUGAGCCGCUGAUCAUCAAAGACGACGAGGACGUGCGCGAGAACAUCAUCCGCUACGACGACGAGGGCGGCGGCGAGGAGGACACCGAGGCCUUCGACAUUGCCACCCUGCAGAACCCCGACGGGCUCAACGGCUACCUUCCGCGCAAGGACAUCAAGCCCGAUCUGCAGUUCAUGCCCAGGCAGGGCCAGCACGGCGGACCCAACGGCGUGGACGUCGACGAGUUCAUCAACGUGAGGCUCCACGAGGCGGACAACGACCCGACGGCGCCGCCCUACGACUCCAUCCAGAUCUACGGCUACGAGGGCCGGGGCUCGAUAGCGGGCUCCCUCAGCUCCCUGGAGACGGCCUCCUCGGACUCGGACCAGAACUACGACUACCUCAGGGAAUGGGGUCCGCGCUUCAGAAGACUUGGGGAGCUGUACUCGGUGGGAGAGAGCGAUAAGGAGACUUGACCUAAGACCAAUACAGACAUCGUUUCUUUUCCCCCCAUUUCGUUGUGUAAUAUGCUACAGGGGUGACCACAACAGUAGACACAAGUCCUUUCAGAGAAAAAAAAAAAGGGGAGGGACCACCUUUUUAAAUCCGUAGAGAGACGUGAAACAUUAGUCAUCUACCACAUCCAGUGCAUCGUAACGUUGAGCUGAACUUAACAGUGUCUAUAUUAGGAGGUCUAUGAAUCUUGUGGAGUGUGAUUUAGAUUACAGUAUGGAGUGUCUAGCAGUCUUUUUUGGGUGUUCGUUGUUCACUGUGACGACCAGAAGCAUCAAAAUCAGGGGUUCUGGGUCGUGACUCGAUGAGGAUGGAGAAAAACGGAAGAGACUUUGGAUCAGGAAGGCAGACAGACUGUCCCGAUACAGCUUGCUGGAUGCAUAUCUGCAGAAGCCAACCCCCAAGGCGAAAAGGCACCAUCCCCCCAGCUAUCAGAGAUCUCUUACGUUCAAUCAGAGAGAAUGAAAAAUAACAACAAAAAUUGACCAAAAAGCAAUAUACUGUAACGAUCCACAUUACUUCGUUGAAUGUAUUUAUGAUUUACUAGAGAAAAUAGGCAUAAAAGAUAACAAAGUAUUGGCUUUAAUAGGCAUUAGUUGAGGUAAUAUUUGAUACUUUAGGUGGCAAAGUUUAUUUACAAACUGGACGAGCCAGACGGCUUGCUUUAUACAACUCUUUGUAUUCACAUGCUCCAGAUGUGGUUCGCACUCAAAGAAUAUUAGCCUAUAAAAAGUGUGACUUAAGUGAAGACAAAAAAUGGAAAUGUAGAAACAACGAGGCCUUCUUUUUACAGAAGCGAGCAUUAAAUACAGAUGUAUUCAACUGUUUUUGGAGAUUGAUGUGUUUCCUCAAAGUAGUUUAAUUUAUAUGUCAGUGUAUAAAUAUUCAUUGCCCAGUUGUCUUUUUCGUGCUGAAGGUAAAUUUGUGUCACUUCAAGUCUUAUUUCUUUCCUUAUUUCACAUUGUUUCUUAUUAAGUUAAUUCUAUUAAAUCUCUCACCAAGAAGCUAAUUUGUGAAAGCUAUACAGUACUGUAAAUGACACAGUAAUCUCAGCCGCAUAUAACUGAAGACUACGACGAUUCCCAUAUAGAGAAUAGAAGAAAAAGGUGGUAUUACGUGUAUUAUGUGAAUACAUACUAAAUUACAGUGUACCAAAUUGUCAAUGAUUAUUUAAGCACAAUAGCUGGAGGGAGGGAUUUACUUCUUGUUCAUAUCUGACCCCAGGGCACUCCAAGCAAAUACAUGUUUUAUUAGACAAAAAAAACCCCCAUUCAAAACGAAGUACAAAAUGCAGACACUUGCGUAUUGUCUUACCCUGUACCAUACUAAGGAAAACAAAACAAAACAAACAAACAAACAAACAAAAAAACAUUGCCUGUAAAUAGAGUUUCUGCUGAUGUUCUUAGCUUUCUUUCAGGCUAUAGGUUGUGUCUAUGCACGCUAGCUCAUACACUUGAGGAUCUCUAAAUGGCACUUCAGCAGCGUGCAUACUCAAUUUGUACCGAUACGGUAAAUGGCAGUUCUCAGUAGACUGAACAGUAUAUAUAUAUAUAUAUAUAGGGGAUAGUCUUACCUGCAAAUCAUAUUUUCUACUGUGCUUUACUGCUUAUAAACUUGUAUGUUUAAUUAUUUACUCUCCGUAUUGUAAUCUAAGAUACCCAUGUACUGUUUCCUACUUUGUGAAAUAUAUUUUUAUAAAUA